AAUUACAAUUCACGUUCCAGGCCGUUGCCAUAGUACGAUUGGUCGCUUCGCUCUACGGUCGUGAAAGCGUUAACGGGGAGGGCGGAACUCCUGCACCGGCCGCAGUAGAUGAUUGCGAUAUAUUGAUAUCGAGCGGUGCCGCGAUGCUACGACGCUCGUCGGAGACACCAAAGCGACCCUUUUGAAAAUAUCAUUAGGAUAUAUAACGCGCUUCUGCGGACACGUCACAUCAUCGGUUUACCUCAGGAGAAAUGCGCUCGCGUCCAUCUGGAUGAAACUGAGGCGACGCGACGCGGAGGUCGCGCGUCGCACAGAUUGUGAUGCGGACACGAAUGAUAUUGUGAGCGUGAUUUUAUAUUGUCGCGUGUUUACAGACCGGGGUCGUUUAGAGACGCGCGUCAUUGCAGGUGGAUGAUAAUGACGUGAAUGCGCUCGUAUUUUAAUAUAUUUAUAAAAUCAGUCAUUUUCAUCUGUCGUUGGUCAGACGUACAGUGCAUGCAUGACGGGUUCUGGGUCAACUUGAGGUGUUUCGAUCAGGGAUGCGAUGGAUCCGCCCUCGAGAGGUUCGAACCCGUAGCCGUAGGGUGACCCGCGUGACGUCAGGUGUGUAACCGUUAGGCCGUGGCAGACAUGUUACCCGGGGUGGGUGUGUUCGGUACCAGUCUGACAGCUCGGGUCAUCAUUCCCCUGCUGAAAAGUGAGGGCUUCGCGGUGAAAGCGCUGUGGGGUCGCACGCAGGAAGAGGCGGAGGAGCUCGCGCGCGAGAUGAACGUGCCCUUCUACACUAACCGGAUCGAUGACGUGCUGCUGCAUCAGGACGUGGACCUGGUGUGUAUCAACCUGCCACCGCCGCUCACGAAACAGAUCGCCGUCAAGACAUUGGGUAUUGGAAAAAACGUCAUAUGUGACCGGACGGCCACACCACUGGAUGCCUUCCGCAUGAUGUCAGCAGCGCAGUACUACCCUAAACUGCUCAGCAUCAUGGGUAACGUGCUGCGCUUCCUUCCUGCCUUCGUCCGCAUGAAGGAGCUGUUGGAAGAAGGUUACGCGGGGGAGCUGUUGGUGUGCGAGGCGCAGGUGCACGCCGGCAGCCUUCUCGGCAAGAAAUACAACUGGAGCUGUGACGACCUGAUGGGCGGAGGAGGCCUUCACUCGGUGGGCAGCUACAUCAUCGACCUGCUGACGUUUGUGACCGGCCGACGAGCGGCCAAAGUUCACGGCUUCCUCAAGACUUUCGUCAAGCAGACGGACCACAUCCGAGGCAUCCGGCAGAUCACCAGUGACGACUUCUGCACCUUUCAGAUGGUGUUGGACGGAGGCGCCUGCUGCACCGUCACGCUCAACUUUAACGUCCCGGGUGAGUUCAGACAGGAGGUGGUGGUCGUGGGAACAGCCGGUAGGCUGACGGUGUCCGGGACAGACUUGUACGGUCAAAAGAACGACGGUGAGAGUGGGCAGGAGCUCUUGCUAAAGGACGACACACCCGUGGGAAACGCAUCUUUACCGGACAAGGCGUUCCAAGACAUCCCGUCUCCGUACCUCACCGGCACCAUCUGCAUGGUUCAGGCGAUACGGCAGGCCUUCCAGGAUCAGGAUGACCGGCGCACGUGGGACGGUCGGCCACUUACGAUGGCCGCCACCUUUGAGGAUUGUCUGUACGCUCUUUGUGUGGUGGACACUAUUAAAAAGUCCAACCAGUGUGGGGAGUGGCAGAACAUCGUGGUGAUGACGGAGGAACCGGAGGUGAGCCCCGCCUACCUGAUCAGCGAGGCCAUGCGGCGCAGCAGGAUGUCGCUGUACUGCUAAUGCACCUCACUGGAUCUAGAGAAAUGCAAAGCGCUAGUAAAGUUGCACAUUUUGUGUACAUAUAAAGAGGUGAAAGUCAGUCACUCAAAUGGAUUACAACUGCAAACGUUAGUUUUGUUGGAUACACAAGCUGGAAAGACUGAUACCCAACAUCCACACACCUGAUGACAGUGAAGCCAUGCGCCUUUUCUUGUCGCGUGGACUUCAUCUGAGUGUUUUUGUAGCGUGUGUUUGUCUGGUUACAAAAGUGCAUUGUGUGGCUGCUAGGCCUCUUAGCUUAUGCAAUAAUCUGCCUGUGAAAAGCAACACAACAUCAAACUUUGGCGUAACACAAGGUCUUCGUUCCCGUGACAUUUCUAUUCACAGAGCAGCAUGCUAACAUGCUAAAUAAGUUGUGCUGUUCAGUGUGGGUUCGGUUUAAUGCCACACAAUGUUCGUCUUGAGCUCUGCUCUCGUGCGCUUGUGUUAGCAUGUCGAGCGUUUAAUGUAUUCACAUGAACUCCAGCAGUCGACCGAUAACAUGCAUGAAAUCUGCAAUGACACUCUUAAGAAACUGCUGUUUUGUGUAGUACGAGGUAGACGAAACACAAGAAUAUCGCUUCAGUAUCGUUCAAACUGUAUAGCUGCGGUAUGUGCUGCAAUAAGUCAUUUUGUUUAUUACAGGUGUAAGUGUACUGUAGUUUUAUAGUCAUUGGAAAAAGAUUGGAUGAUGUAGACCAGUAUCACGUGAGCUCUGUCUAAUCCACCUUAGACCGGUUGCUUUUCAAAUGGUUUUGUUUUAGGACCCAGAUUUUACAUUCAACUGAACAGAAUACCAACAUUGUUUUGCAUUAUCGUGCAAAGACAAACAAAUAUCCCCUUUGAAUCAAACAUUAAAGAUGCAAACCGUAAGAUUUUGGGAGAAUAAAAUUAAACAAAAAUCAGAUAUUGAGCAAGUACAUAUAAAACUACAUAAAGUAGUCUGCAGUUUUAUUUUUCAAGCACAGAUGGCGAUAGAGAGACGGUAAGAUCGUGAUUGACUCUGAUGCUGAUGUGUUUAUUUGAUGUUGUUUAUGUAGUCAGCUUUUAACAUUUUCAGUAAAAGACAUUGGAGACAGCAAGUGUAUCCCAUCAUAUUCAUGCAUGACAUGCUUAAAGCCAUUUAUUUUUUGCAGUUUUAAUGAUUUCCCUUUGGUUUGGUUGUCAGUCCAGCAGAUAUGAACUGCUGUUUUCGACUGUUUCAGAACGUUGUUCUUCCUCGAGGGCUAUUUCAUGCUUGUGGCUGGAAGGGAUACAGCUACAUCCACUGGCAGGGCUUGACAUUAAGCAUUGUCAUGUGGUUGCCCUUCGGACAAGUAAAUUUGUCAUUCACUUGUCCGAGUACAAAAAUUACUUGUCCAAAGAUAAAAAAUGAUAUUUCAUUUGAAUUAUAAUAUAAUAUAAUCAAUAUAAUUGUUUCGGAUUGAGAUUGGUCAAGUUUGAUUUUAAGCAUUUUAACUAGUGUCCGCUUUGGCUGCCUGAAUUUGGUUAUAGGCCUACUCUCCGUGACUGCUAUAAAACAAAGGCAAGCAGGAAUUAUUAUAAGUUAUCUUUUUUUGCAAUAGCACUGGUGCUAGAGAGGUUUAAAGUUUGGUAGCACAGGCAGAAAUGUCCAAGUGUAGUUCAUUAUGAUUAGGCAGAUGACUGACAAAAGACAUUAAUGUUACAUACAGAUGGAUAAAUUAGGGCCAUAUCAUUUUUAGAUUACCUAAAUUUGUUUUAAUAUUUCUAAAUUCUGUGCUUUUCCUUUUUUACUAUACAAUAGUGGUAUAUUUGUCCACAUAAAUUACUGUAGUAUAGGCCUACUAUAGUAUUUACUAUAGGAAACUGCAGUAAAAAUUCUUACUAUAUUGUUUUUGAACUUUACUGUAGUAUACAGUGUUUAUUAAUUUACUACAAGGGCACUUCAGUUUUCAAUAACAAAUACUAUAGUACACUACUGUAUUUUUUUGUCUUGAGUGUUCAAUUUAAGGGGACUUUUAUUUUGACGGGUCUUCGGGAAGACGCUUGUUUGCAGAUAGCUUCACUCAAACAGUAAAACGAUAGUAAAAUAAACUCUCAGAGCAACUCUGGAGAUGAAGUUCAUGUGUUCACAUCCUCAUACAGUGCAGACGCAGAUAAAUCCUCGACCAUCACUCGUGUUGAAUGUUAAACUGUGCACGUAAUUCACUCAGACACGCAGAACAGCCAGAUGACAUUUAAAUAACAGGAUUCAGCUCCGCAUUGAGGUGCGCUAUUGAUUAUUGUCACACACAAACAAGCACAACCACGACAAACGGACUUCACACAAUCACGCAGCUCGGUCUAAUGCACACAUUCUUAUUAUUCUAUAUAUAUAUAUGUCGCACUGUUUUUCUUUUCCAAGUUACUUGUCCGGUCGGGCAAGUAAAAUUCUCUCUCACUUGUCCCGGACAAGCGUUAAUGUCGAGCCCUGACUGGGCAUGCGCACUUCAAUACCGCAUCAUUUUUGUCUCACUGACAACAGUUAAUUACUAUUUGUUUAUUAUUGUAAGGUUAGGUUUAGGAUUGGGGUAGGUGAAGGCGUUAGCUAAUGUAACUUUUUGUACAUUUAUGGCGAGAUUUUGCAUCACUUCCGACCGUAGCUGUAUCCCUUCUAGCCACAACCCUAUUUCAUGCAGAUUUAUUGUGAAACAUAUAUUUCACACGCUAAAGGACUGUCAUGUGAAUAUGUGUGGUGUCAUUCUGAAAAUAUGACACAUGGAAGAACAGGAUUUUAAAUUCAGUCCUGAAAUAUUUUGGUAUUUGUGCAUCGACAAAUAUGUUAAUAAAAAUGGCGAUAACUGACCUGCAAGUCAUAUUCUGUAAAUGUCCUAAACAAGAUGUUUUCUGAGCUCCAUCCGGCUGCAAAUGUUGACUGAAAUCAGUUUAGUAACAUCUGCUGUCGUUCAUGCCUUUAGAAUCACUGUGGAUCUGCUCACUGUGUCAUGACGGCUCUUCAGCAGCUUUAUGACAAAAGACUUUAGAGAAUUAUUACUUGAUAUGUUUAUUAUUUUUUUGUCAUGGCUGUAUAUUUUGUUCAAGUAUUUUUUUGUGCUGCUUAUAAAAACACCUGCUGUACAUUACUGUAAACAUGCCGUAUGCAGUGUAUGGAUGUAUUUAUUAUUCUCUUGAAUGUUUCAUAUCGCAUCAGGAAGUGUUUGUUUUGUGAAACGGGAAAUAGAUGCUGUUAAAUGUUACGCUUCUUCAGGAAGUGAUGUCACAAAGAGAACAGCAGAACUGUCCUGAUUCCCUCAGAAAGGUUUGAGAUGCAUGUACAAGGAGAGUAAAACAUUUUUAGAAUAAUUGAGUUAAUAUUUUGAAGUGUGUCAUAUUAUAUUUAUUUUAUUGUGGCAGAUUCUGAUAUUUCCAAUGAUUCCCCGAAAUGACAUCCGGUAGCUUGCGUCAGGUUUUUUGUUUUUAUAUCUCUCAUAAGCAGUCUGUGAAUUAAUUUGUCAGAGUGAAUGACUCUCCUGUGGGUGUCAUCCCAAAAUCAAAUAUUUCAAAUCUUUUGUUAAAAUUUCAUUUUUUAAUUUCUGUAUUUAGAUUUUGGGAUGAUUUUAUGGUGUUACUGACUGAAUGAAGGAUGUUUAGGGAUCUUUGUAAUGUUUUGUAAACUUCCAGAUGUGAAGAGGAAGCUUUGGUGGAUUUUGAGACGUGUCGUCACUGAUUUAACAUGGACAAACUCAACUGCUGAUGUUUAACUUGCCUGUAUCUGAACAAACUAAUUUCAAUAUCAAACAUAAAACUUGAAAAUAUGUUAUAAAUGGAAAUGACUGUUCUUGUUCAUGUAUGCGAGCUGUUGGGCAGCGUGUGCAAACACACAUGUUUGUAAGAAGAAUUACGAUAUUAAAAACAAAUGUCUUGAUAGAAUGUUUGAUGCUGCGGAUUUGCUGAGACGUAAACUUUCACUUUAAACUUUGAUGAAAGUUUAAUCAAUUAAAACUCUUAAGAAAUGCUUUUAAACAUAAUUAUUUACUAAGUCACAGAAAUUCACCGAAUGUCUGGGUCAUAUUUUCUCCUCAAAUCAUUGAAAUAAAAAUAUAUGCUUUGCAAAAAGAAAAUAAAGCAUUUUGGGGCUGUUGAGAGAUUUUUAGCAUAAUGAAAUUAUUUUUUUGGACGAUGUUUCAGCACUUCUUAUUUGCCUACUAUACAGAGAAAUCAUCUCGUGGUCCUUAAUGUCAUGUAAAGAAUGAUUUUUUUGAUAACUUGUAUUUUUUUACAUGUAUAAAGUACAGAAACAUCAGUAUUUCUUCUGCUGCUUUUACUUUAUGCUGAUUUAUAAAUGCAUUGUUUUGAUAGUGGAUAGUUUACAUCAUUGCCUUAAAGCAAUAGACAAGUUCAGUUACUUCAUUCAAAAUACAAAUAGUUUGUCUUUUUUAUUUUAGGGUGAAUGUGACCCUUUUAUCUUACUCCCAUCACCAUUUCUUGUCAACUUGAAGACAGAUGCCUGUUAUUGAAUAAUAGACCCUGUCACAUCAGCUUUUCAAGAGGGGGACCUGCUUUUGAACCUCAGCCUGUAUCCUAGCAACCACAGUGCCAAACCCGCCCAUCUUAAACAUUAAACACCGACCACUCCUGAUCUCUGUCGUUCUGUAUGUGACCAUCUGCACACAAAUACAGGUUAUAAAUCUCAAUUUCACAAUGAACUCAUAAUGAAUAAAUGAUGUAAGGAAGGUUUAAACACCUGUAGAGAAUGUCCCAGUUUAGUUAUUUGUAUUGUCUGGUGUGUAACUAUGGUAACUUUGUUGGUAUGUUGUAGCCGGACGAGAAAAUAAAACCCCUCAUGACCAACACAUCUCCCCCCCCCCAACAGUCCUGUCUAUAUCUAAUGUAAGUUCAAUUAUUUUAGUAAAUUCUGUGUGAAUAAAUGAUGCUUUAAUUUGAAUGCAGUAUGUUUUUAUCCCAAUAGAUAUAAGUAAAUAUAAUCCUGUAGUCCAGCGAUGAGAGAGCAAACACGUGUUUAGUUUGCAGAUGUUGCCCAUCAGUGCUGUAUUGUGAAUGCUUUAUGGAUGUUUUUCAUGAUAUUUAUUGUAUUAUAUGUAUAUUGUGGACGCAUGGACUCUUGUAUAUAUUUUGGAGUGAUGGACGUAUUUAUCGGUCCAGUAGUAUGUACUGUACACUAGCAGCAUCAGAUUUGAUAUUUUCUUCGUCUGCUGUAUGAUGGAUGUCAGAACUGACCCCGUGACUCUGUUUGAUGUAAACUGAGACUCAAUACCGGGCUGUUCUGGGAACAGCUGUCAGUGUUCCUCUGUGUCAUAUCUGUUCUCACUGAUGCGAAUGCACAUGACACAACACGUGUGAGGAAAUGUUUCCCAGAAAAUCUCUGAGAUGGUUUAUAGUAUCUGAUGCUGUGCUUUCUAUUAAAUACAUUCAUAUUCAAGUCCUUGAAGUAUUCUCUAUCUGUUUGUUUGUUUUCACAGCCUGUAUAUCGUCUCAAAUGAUGUUUCUCUGAACUGUAAUGUAUCGUAAUAUCUGUGUAAUGUGUUUCAGCCCAUCUACCAACAUGAUGUGAUGAAUUUAUCUGCUGUAUACUGACCUCUAGUGCAAACACACUGCAUUCAUUCAACUUACAACAGCUUUUUAAUGUCCCAUUUCAUUCAUUGAGUGACAAAGAAAUGUGAUGAGAAGUUCUUGAUAAUAAUGAAUCAUUUUCAUUAUUCUUGCUUUCUGGUUCACAGACAACAGCACCUUACAAUCCAC